AUGCGAGGGAUCAGGAACAAUCUAGACGUUCGAGCGGCGAGAUUGACACCGAGAGUAUUCAUCAUAAACAUGUUCAGUGGCGAGGGAGAAGUAUGGCGAAACGUCCCAGAAUUCGAUGUCUUCGCACAGAAUAUCACAGUUCCCGGAUGCUCUCCUCUUUUUCCUCAGGCGCACUGCACAUCGGACGGUUUGAUCUGCCAGCUCGUUACCGGAGAAUCCGAGAUCAACGCCGCGUCUACCAUCUCAGCUCUCACCCUUUCCUCCUCGUUCAACCUCACGAAGACCUACUUCCUCAUUGCGGGUAUCUCUGGUGCCAACCCUAAAGUCACAACAAUUACAUCUGUCACGUUUGCUCGUUUUGCCAUCCAGGUCGCUAUGCAGAGCGAGAUCGACGGUCGCGAGAUACCUGCCGAUUGGCCUACGGGAUACGUACCACAGGGCUCAUCCGUACCGGGUCAAUAUCCUCAGAGCAUAUACGGCACGGAGGUUUUCGAAUUGAACGAUGCUCUACGUCAGAUCGCGAUCGGGUUCACCGCGAACGUGACUCUCAACGAUACCACCGUGGCUCAAGUGGCCCGAGCCCAAUACGCCAACGAUUCAUCCUUCGCUCCAGGCGCUGCACCGCCCUCCAUCAUGGCUUGCGAUACCUUGACCUCCGACUCGUUGUGGAGUGGCGAUCUGCUCUGCGAAGCUUUCGAGAACACGACGGCACUGUUCUCGAACGGUACAGCGCUAUACUGCACAAAGCAGCAGGAAGACAACGCUACCCUCGAGUCAUUCCUCCGUGGCGCGGUCUUUGGUCUAAUCGACUUCUCACGUAUCAUCCUUAUGCGGACGACUGCCAGUUUCGAUCGGCCACCCAGAGGAAAGACCGCGUACGACAACUUCCUCGCGCCCGAAGCCGCUUUCGAACCUUCGCUCGUAAAUCUCUAUCUGGCCGGGGUCAGUGUUGUGCAGGGCAUUAUUGACGGGUGGGAGGAGACGUUCGAGCAGGGUGUGGAGCCGCAAAAUUAUAUUGGAGAUAUAUUCGGCUCACUUGGAGGUCAACCUGAUUUCGGACCUGGCAGCGUGUUUAAUGGGGCUGUGGCGCCGAUGAGACGAUUGGCGAGGCGGAGGACCCGAAGUGACGACCAAGUAGAAGAGGGGCUGAUGUCGGAGGUGUAAUUUGGGCAGCCUGGAUGUCUUGUUUGCGAGUUGUCUUCG